AACAGGUUCCUUAAACUGUAGAUGAUUUAAAGGAGAGCAUAAUAUUUAAUACAUUAUUUAAAAUGUGUUAAUUUAAUCUUGGUUUAACAAGGACUAACCAGUCUCAUCAGGGAUUCAAGACUUGAAAAGUACAUCAUGAGGAAGAGAACAAACCCACGACUGACACACAAGUUGAUUUUGGGAACUCUUGUGAUUUGCAUUAUGGGUUUUUACUGUUUUACUGCUCAGACACAUCAUGUCACAAACAGUGUUUCUAUGGCCUCGUGUGCUCAAGUCACACCGCACGUCCAUGUCUGGAAUAAUUCCUCCGCAGAAAAAGUGACCUGUAAGCCAAAGGUCAACCUGAUGUUCAUGAAAACCCACAAGACCGGCAGCAGCACUAUGCUAAACAUUCUCCUUCGUUUUGGAGAAAAGAAUCAAUUAAAGUUUGCGCUCCCACACAGUCGGAACGACUUUUUCUACCCGUCUAGUUUCUUUCGCAGUCAGGUGAAGAACUACCGUCCGGGUCUGUGCUACAACAUCGUGUGCAACCACAUGCGCUUCAAUGCACCGGAGGUAGAGAAGCUGCUCCCGGGAGACGCCGCCUUCUUCACCAUCCUAAGAGACCCUGCGGAGCUAUUCGAAUCCUCCUUUCACUACUACAAAGCGUACGUGCCUCAAACAUGGAGGAUACCUGGAAAAAACAAACUUUCGGAGUUUCUCACAUACCCAAACCGCUACUUCAAUCCAGAGGGAAUGAACAGCUUCUAUCUGAGGAACCUGCAGUUUUUUGACCUCGGCUUUGAGAACCAUUUGGAGGUCGGCGAUCCACGGGUGAAUGAAAGCAUAGAAUACGUCGCAAAGCGCUUUCAGCUAGUUUUGAUUUCAGAUCACUAUGAAGAGUCCCUCAUUCUACUGAAAGAUGCCCUGUGCUGGCAGAUGGAUGACAUGCUGUUCUUUAAACUCAAUGCUCGAAGAGCCGUGGCUGUUUCUUCUAUGAGCCCCGAGCUCAAGGCCAAAGCUCGGGAGUGGAACGGCGCAGACUGGAAGCUCUAUCAACAUUUUAAUGCCACUUUCUGGGCCCGGGUGGAGGCCUACGGACGGAGGCGGAUGGAAGAGGAUGUGAGGGAGUUACACAGGAGGAACGCAGAAAUGGAGGCCAUAUGCAUUGACGGUCGGGGAGCGGUAGUGGCAGAGGACAUCACAGACGGACAUAUGAAGCCCUGGCAGCCUAUUGGAGAAGCUACUAUACUAGGGUACAAUCUGAGGGCGGAUAUACCCCAACAGUUCAGUGAGCUCUGCCGGAAGAUGCUGACCCCCGAGAUUCAGUAUUUGACAGAUUUAGGAGUCAACUUGUGGAUCACUAGAUUAUGGGGCUGGUUCAAAGACAAUGUGUUAUCAUGAUAGAGAGUCGUUAAGCUUAUUGCUCAGUUCUGUGCUAUUUUUAUUAAUAAAAUAUAUAAUACAAUAUUUUAUAUUUAAUAAUAAUUUGCUAGUCUUUGGUUAAUAUUUAGUAUAUAAAUACAAAUAAUUUGUUAGAAUUAUACUUAAUAACGUUAUAUUUUAUUGUAAAAUUACAGAGAAGCCAAUAACAGAAUUCUUAAUUGUAUCUAAUGUUAUUUUUUAAACAUUGUUGUUGUGAACUUGUUGUUUACUACAGCGUCCAUGCACAAUGUAAUGUUUCAUGCGAUUACUGCUCAGUGUUCAUGUUUUUACAUAUCGGAAGGAAGCUUCAAAACAGGUUAUAUUAAUUGUUUGUUUUUAUUUAUGGUCAUUCAUUUCAGAAAGCAGCUGACCUAACGUUAUUUUUGUUUUUGCACUAUAAUAAACUGAUGGAACAUUCCAUGGUUUGAUCAUUCGGUGAGAAAAUGUAUUUGCACGUUUGACAGUAUAAUUUUUUUGUAAUGCAAAAUACAGCACACUUUAAUUGAAAAAAUA